GCGCGCCGAGCCACUUCAAACAUGGCGGCGGCCGGGGCGGCGGCCGGGGCGCGCAGCCCGGGGGCCCCGAAGGGGACGGCGGCCCGAGCCCGGCGCCCGCCCUCGGCGCGGCUGCCCCCGCUGCUGGUCCUGCUGGCGGCGGCGGCGGCGGGCCCGGGCCCGGGCGGCGCGGCGCUGUACCGCGCGGGCGAGGACGCCGUGUGGGUGCUGGACAGCGGCAGCGUGCGCGCCGCCACGGCCAACAGCUCGGCCGCGUGGCUGGUGCAGUUCUACUCGUCGUGGUGCGGCCACUGCAUCGGCUACGCGCCCACCUGGCGGGCUCUGGCCGGUGACGUGCGAGACUGGGCCGCCGCCAUCCGCGUCGCUGCCCUGGACUGUGCGGAGAAAAGCAACCACGAGGUGUGCCAGGCCUACGACAUCCACUUCUACCCCAGCUUCCGGUAUUUUAGAGCAUUCACAAAGGACUUUACAACUGGCGAAAACUUUAAAGGGCCUGACCGAGAGCUGCAGAUGGUGAGACAAGCCAUGAUCGACUUCCUGCAGAACCACACGGACGCAAAUAGGCCUCCCGCCUGCCCGGCUUUGGACCCUAUUCGGCCCAGUGACGUUCUUUCUCUCAUUGACAACCAUGAGGGCUACUAUGUGGCUAUUCUGUUUGAGAGCAACAGCUCGUAUGUUGGACGUGAGGUGAUCCUGGACCUGAGUCCUUAUGAGAACAUCGCAGUGAAGAGAGCCCUGGACAGCGACCCGGCCUUUCUGGAGAAGCUUGGCAUCUCUUCCGUUCCUUCCUGUUACCUGAUUUACCCAAAUGGGUCCCACGGGUUAAUUAACAUCGCGAAGCCUCUCCGGUCAUUUUUUUCCUCUUAUUUGAAGUCGUUGCCAGAUGUGAGGAAAAAGUCGCUUGCGUUUCCUGAAAAGCCAAGCAAAGAAGAAAACUCUGAAGUCAUGGUGUGGAGGGAGUUUGACAGGUCAAAACUGUACACGGCGGACCUGGAGUCAGGGCUGCACUACCUCCUGAGGGUGGAGCUGGCCGCCCACAGGACACUGGCCGGAGCCGAGCUGAAAACACUGAAGGACUUUGUUACUAUCGUUGCCAAGCUGUUCCCCGGUCGCCCGCCCAUCAGGAAGCUACUGGAGAUGCUGCAGGAGUGGCUGGCCAGCCUCCCUCUGGACCGGGUCCCCUACAACGCCGUCCUGGACCUGGUCAACAACAAGAUGCGGAUUUCUGGAAUAUUCCUCACUAAUCAGAUUAAGUGGGUUGGAUGUCAAGGAAGCCGCCCGGAGUUGAGGGGUUACACGUGUUCUCUCUGGAAGUUGUUCCACACUCUGACUGUUCAGGCCGGGACCCACCCUGACGCACUGGAUGACACAGGUUUUGAAGACGACCCCCAGGCGGUGCUGCAGACCAUCCGGAGGUACCUACUCACCUUCUUCGGCUGUAAGGAGUGUGGGGAGCAUUUUGAGGAAAUGGCUAAAGAGUCCAUGGAUUCCGUGAAAACCCCAGACCAAGCUAUCCUCUGGCUUUGGAAGAAACAUAACCUCGUGAACAGCCGCCUGGCAGGCCACCUGAGCGAGGACCCCAGGUUCCCCAAGGUCGCGUGGCCCACUCCGGACCUCUGCCCCACCUGCCACGAGGAGCUGCGGGGCCUGGACAGCUGGGACGAAGACCAGGUGCUGCUGUUCCUGAAGCGGCACUACGGCAGCGACAACCUCGUGCACACGUACGCCGCGGCCCUGGGCGGCACGGGCGAGGCCGAAGAGCGGGAGGGAGGCCGAGCCAACCCAGAGAGGCCUGGAGGCCACGGGGCCCAGAGCCUGCGCCAGCCCGGGGCACUGCCCCCCACGCCUCGCCCCUCAGAGGGGUCCCGCCCGGGACCGGCUGGGCCCGAGGGCCGCAGGGAGGCGGAGGCGGAGGCGGAGGCGGCCGCGCCCUUUCUGGGGAUGGGCUUCUCUAGCUUGGACAUGAGCCUCUGCGUCCUGCUCUAUGUGGCCUCCGCCACCUUCCUGAUGGUGAUGUUCUUCUUCUUCCGAGUGCGCUCCCGGCGCUGGAAGGUCCGGCACCGCCACCCGUCCGUGUAGAGGCGGGGGCCGCCCCCACUGCGGCUUGAAUGUCUCUAAUCAGGGAUGACAGACGGGGCCUGCUUCCCGCUGAUGGCAGCUGUGGUCCCAGAGCUGGGGCUGUGUGUGUGUUCCCGGCCUAUGUGCGGUUCGUGGGCGCCUCUGACUGAUCCAUAGCAGAGCGACUUCUAGGUUUUCACUCUUCUAGGUCUGAAAACGGGAGUGGGGGCGGUCCAGGCCAAAAAGAAUGUUUGCACCCACUUUCACCUCAAGUUUAUUGGGCUCCACGGCUGUUGUGCACGGCCUCCUCUGGGGAUUUGGAGAAAAACCCAGCCCUUCCUCACGGAGAGUAAGGGGUGACUAACUGCAUCCAGGGAUCCCCUGGCCCCGCACUGUGCCUCCCCCCCCACCAUGGAGAGUGGACUUGGUGAGGGAUGGGGCGGGGUGGUGCUCGUGUGACUCUGCAGGGGCAGUGCCUUGUCCUGUUGGUGGUUAACUGGUGAUGAGAGAGCUCAGUGCGUGAGGGCCGCCCAGGUUGCCUGUCCCCCUGGCAGUUGGGAGACUCUGAGCCCGAGAGCAGAGCUUCCAACUGGGCCCCUGUCACCCAAGCCCCUGCCAUCCAGCACCCGAAGCCCUCCUGAGCCACUGCCCCGAGCCGGAAUGGGUGGUGCACGGGGUCUCGCUGGCACCUCUAAGGCCAAACUUCAUUUGCCUGAAGCUGUUUUACACAGGUCCUGGCACAGGGCCUAUCCCCUGGCUUUGAUGGUUAAUUGUUUACCAUUCAAUGAUUUUAACACUUUAUUUAUAAAACCCAAAACAUUCAGAGGUAAAGUGAAUGCAUAAACAAACUCCUGGGGGCAUUUCCUUUGACACCCUUAUGCAGGCGCACAGCAGUGUGCACCCCCAUGUCCUUGCCCGUGUGUGUGUCCAUGUGUGUGCUCCCAUGUAUAUGUGCCCCCAUGUGUGCGUGCUUGUCACGGGGAUGGUGGCAAGUAGUUCUUCCCACUGUGCCUGUGGUGUCCUCACGCACCCUCAUUGCAGCUGCUAAGCACGUGUGGACCACUAGCACCAGGUCCUGCCCCAGCCCAGCUCGGGGGAGCACAAAGGUGGUGCCUACAACGCUACCACCAGCCUGGUGCCCCCCUUCGGGCAGGCAUGGCUGGGAACAGGGAGCCUGCCCUGGGCUGAGCCUCUCCCACCCCUGCCAGAGGUUUCACCCCUAGAAGCCCCUGGUUUAAACCUGAGGCUCGUGUGCCUGGUGACUGAAGGCACCAUAUUGUUUCCUUGCAACUUGAAAAUGGGCUGGUUUAGAGAGUCCACGGGAAAUGCUGGGCCUCUCAUUAAACUGCCUUAGGCUCGUGUCAAAUGUCAUUUUCUCCCCCAAAGCAAGUUUCUGUGAGCAGUGAGCACUGUCCUACAUCAACCUAUUUGACAGGCAGUGUUGGCUUCUAAGGUUCAUAGUAAUAUUGUGGUUUGAGGUCACGUCUGUUACAUCAGGGGCAAGGUUCCAGCAGACCGCCAGUGCCAUGCGGCCACGGGAGGGGUCUCACCUGCAAGUGUGAGAUGCCUUGCACACCUCACAUGGUGGCCUGCUCAGAACUGGAUGCUACCUUCAGGUCUGUUUUCUAAAGUUGUGAGUAUUGAGACAAUGAAUACGAUGGUUCAGUAAUUUAAAUGUACUUAUUUUUAACGGGAGAAUUUGGUUAAAAAGAAGCUAAUUGACAUGAAAAUGUCUGAAAUUUCUUACGUGCAAAGAAAGUGAACAUUUUGUAUUUAAAAACUGUAAUGUGCAAAUUUUGAAAUAAAAAAACCUGAUGUUUGGAAAA